CGUGUUCACAACAAGUUGCCCGAUCGCGACUCUUAUAUAAGCCUAUGAAAGCUGACGCUAGUCCAUCCCGCCUCAAGAAAGGGCCCCAACCCGCAUCAUUCGCACUCGCACUCGCACUCGCACUGCUCCUCCUCGCUUGCUCGCAGCUUCACAACUCGCGCCUGCAACUCACGACUGCGAGAGUUUGAGGGUGAAGGGAAAUUCGCAAUCAAAUGCCGGACCCUUCCAAGAGACCGCUCUCAGACGAUGAGCUGGAGAAGCUGUUUGACGAGCUGGAUCACUCCAAGGAUGGCUACGUCACCUUUCAAGAGCUCGAAACGCAAUUUCUCAGAGUUCACGAUGAGCUGGUACCCGCACCAAAAGAGCAUCAUCUGACGCAUCCCAAUCGACUGGGCAGAGCAAGCCAUGCCAAGACAAAGUCCGCUCCACCUCCUUCGAGAACGGAAAGCGAGCAGACCAAGGUCGACAAUGCAGGCACAGCAGGCAGUGGAGGCAAGAACGUCGCGUCGUCAGAUCAAGAGAAGCGAGCACAAGCAGAUCGCAAUGAUCUGCACGACUUUCUCUACUCGCUCUUGCCCAGAGACGCAGAUCGCGUGAGCAAAGCGGACUUCAAGAAGCUGGUCAGCACCUGGGACUUGCCGUCUCAAGAACACACAGACGAGGCCGAAGAGAUGAGGAAAGAUCAGGAAUGGUCCAGGCGGCUAAGCUGGACCAGAAGUCUGAGAGCGCAUUGGAGCGUAGAAGGUCCUCGUUACGCCUUUUUGGCUUUCGUCACUCUAUGUCUGAUCGCCUUUGGCCUAUGGCAAUGCCUGGAAUAUGUGACCAAUGCCGAAGCUAGAGCUGCGCUUGGUUGGGGAGUCAUCAUGGCGAAGACGUCCGCAGGGGCUCUCUACCCUUCCCUAUUCUUCAUGAUUCUAAGCAUGUCUCGCUGGCUCUUGACACUCUUGCGGCGAUUCUACUGGCUUUCUCGCUUCAUCGACUCGGAUCUUCACCAAGCUUUCCACAUCUACAUGUCGAUCCUCUCGCUCUCACUUGCCACUUUGCACGCCAUCGGACAUCUCACAGGAUCCUUCAUUUUCGGCUCGAGGAGAAAUCCAGAAGCGCAGGACGCGCUACAGACCUAUCUGGGAGACGAAAGACGUCGCUACAUCGAUUACGUCAGGAGCUUGCCGGGAUGGACGGGAUUGACGAGCUUUGGUAUCUUCUGGCUCAUCGCUUUGAUGAGCAUGCCGGCUGUGCGCAAGCGGGCCUUCGAGCUGUUCCAGCUAGCUCAUUUGCUCAUGUUUCCCAUGUUUGGCCUUCUGGCUGCUCACGGUACUGCCAGACUGCUGCAAGCUCCGAUGCUAGGUUAUUGGCUCGUCUUUCCCGUGCUGUUGGUCCUCUGCGAGAGGUCAUUGCGCUUAAUCAGAGGCUUCAUUCCAAUCCCCGCUCGACUCACUCGAGUAGAUGAAGGCACGGUCUCGGUGACAAUGUCCAAGACGAACGGCAGGGGCUGGAACUAUCAGCCCGGUCAGUACAUCAUGCUGCAGGUCCCUGCCGUUUCCAGAUGGCAGUGGCACCCUUUUACUAUUUCUGGUGUGGUCAAGGACAAGUUGCAAGUUCACAUCAAGCUUGAAGGAAGCUGGACCAGCGCGUUGGCAGAUCUCGCAGACAAAAUCGCAGCAGAAGCUGGAGAGCGUGAGCCCAAAGACGGGGUGGAUAUCAGCGUAGGCUUGGAUGGACCAUUUGGAGCUCCUGCGCAACGUUUCUACACGUAUCAAAAGUCGAUCAUCAUAGGUGCAGGAAUUGGCGUGACUCCCUUUUCCGCCAUUCUUUUGCACUUGGAACAAGAGUUGACGAGCAAAGGCGAUCCGUGGCAGCUGAGCCGACGUCGAAGCAGCUUUCAGAGCAUCUCGCGAAGCAUGAGCAGAAUCCCGAGCCGCUUGAGUCGACCAAACUCUAGGAGCGGGAGCGAGCGACAAGUUGGGCAAGCCGAAAGGGGUUUGUCCGCUCAAGCUCAAGGAAUGGCGCUCUCCCGCGCCUCGACGCACCAUCAAGCUCAAGAAGGCCAAAAAAGUGGUCCUGAUCGAAGGGUAGACUUUCACUGGAUCGUCAGGGACAAGGAUCAGCUGCUUUGGCUUUCCACACUGCUCAACCGUUGUUCCAGAUUGGCAGACCAGACGCGCACGAGCGGAGAGUUGGAAUUGAACAUUCAUCCCCACAUCACAGCCAAGCGCAAAUCCCUCUCCACCCUCGUCUUUCGAGCGCUCUUGGAUAGACAUCGCACAAAAUCUCACCCAUACUCGGCACUGACAGGCCUAAGGAGCAGAUCAGAGUUUGGCAGACCGGAAUUGGGUCAAGGGGGAAUCUUGGAUCAGUUCGAUGAGGAUCUCUGCAAAGCUGGAAACCAGGCUUGGCCAGCAGGCACGGACAAGAGGAACAGAAAAGUCGGCGUCUUCUUUUGCGGGCCGCCUGUCAUCGGUCGACAGAUUGCUGAUCGAGUGCACCAGCUCAAUGUCGAGAAUAGGGCCAAAGGCACCUAUAUCAGAUACGUCUUUCACGUCGAGGUGUUCUGAGGCGGAAGCCCCGCUCUGCUCCGCCCCUCCCAGCAUCGCAUCGCCGGUCACGCAUACCAUCUUUCUGUUUGUCAUUGCAAUCACAUUCCGCACGUCGUGUAACGAUGCCACACUUGAAUCUUUUUUUUCUUUUCAUCG